GGUUCCACUUGUUCUGGUCGUUACGGUAUGCCAGAAAUUUUGAAUGUCUCGAUUUCGAAGUAUGUACAGUGCGGGGGUGUAGCGCUCGUUGGGUGUAGCUAUACUGUUGCGAGUGGCAUUGGUGCGUGAAUAAAGAAAAAAAGCAAUGGGCGUUACUGUGCUGCAGCAGUUCCCGAUGGGGGAGAACAGGACCGGGCCGCAGACGAUCGAGUUCCUCACCAAGAGGAUCGUGGCGCUCGGCGCGUUGCAGCAAGGGCAGUUUCUAGUCGACUGCGAGACCUUCACGUCCACCCCAACCCUAGGCGCCCAGAGGACGGUGCACGUCCUGCACAACUCGGAGCAGCCGGCCUCCGUCUUCUCCAUCCUCGACACGGGGACCAAGACCAUCUCGCUGGUGGCCGACGGCCUGUUUGACCUGCUCAUGUUGAAGAUGACCUCUAUGUACACGUCCAAGAAGCAGACCAAGAUCGAGUCGAAAGGCCCCAAGUUCGAGAUAGGCGACUUCUGCGUCAAGCUGGGCAGCAUGACCAUGGGACAGAACUUCAAAGGCGUUCUCGUUGAGGUGGAGUACCGGCCGUGCGUGGUGCCGGCCAGCUGCUGGGAGCUCAUGAGGGAGUUCCUGCAGGGCUUCCUGGGCUCCUCCGUGCAGAACGCGCCGCCGCAGUACCUGCAGAGCCGCAUGAACGAGAUCUUCCAGCCGAUCGACACCAUUCACCAAUACCUCGACCAGUUCAUCUUGUACCGCAAAGCGACGGGCGUUCUCUAGACCCAGCACGCCUUGCGUUUCUUCGUCGUGGGGAGACCAGCGACAUCCAGACCGCUCCUUCAAUUAUCCCCACAAUUUCACUAUUGUCCUCUUUUCAUCAUUUUUUUUUACUAGCGGGUUUUCGCGUGAAAGAAAAAAAUUGUUCACUUAUAAUCAAAUCAUAUGAAUGAAUAAAAAACUGGAGUUGUUUUGUGUCACCCUC